CAUAUAUAUAUAUAAUAACAAAUGGUCAAAGCAGCUACACCUCAAGCAGGUGUUUUCUCUGGUAUGAAUCCAUCUGCAUUCAAUGCUGCAGAUCCUAUUGUACUUUUUAUCAUUCAGUUAUAUCUGAAGUAAUUGCUGGUAUCAUUCUUGGUCCAUCAGUAUUAGGUCGUAUACCGGGUUAUAUGGAUCACAUCUUUCCAACACAAUCUCUUCCUUUUAUAAAUCUAAUUGCCACUAUUGGAUUGGUUUUUUUUCUCUUUCAAGUUGGUUUGGAAGUCGAUGUACGCUUAAUUCGUCGUGAUUGGAAACGUUCAUUGGCUGUGGCAGUAGCAGGAAUGGCUUUACCUUUUGCUUUAGGUGUGGCCGUGUCCUUAGGUCUUUAUAGACUUCAAAAUGAUUCAUCUGUUCCUUUCGGUAGUUUUCUACUCUUUCUUGGUGUAGCUGUUGCUAUUACUGCUUUCCCGGUAUUGGCAAGAAUUCUUGCUGAACUCAAAUUAUUGGGUACAAAAGUUGGUGCUAUUACAAUGGCAGCUGGACUUUUAAAUGAUUGUACUGCAUGGGUAUUACUUGCUUUAGUGGUAGCAUUACUUAAUUCAACUGGUGGUCUAGAAGCUCUCUAUGUAUUUUUAACAACGGUGGCAUUUGCCUUAUUCUUGAUCUUUUUGGUUGGUCCACUCUAUUACAAAUUAUGCGUAUUUACCAAUUCUUUUGAAAAUGGACCUACUCAUUUAUUGAUGACUGUCACAUUGAUGAUUGUUUUUGUUUCUGCAUUUGUUACUGAUAUCAUUGGUGUUCAUCCUAUCUUUGGUGGUUUUCUUGCUGGUGUGAUUAUUCCUCAUGAAAGUAAUUUACCUAUUCGAAUUACUGAAAAAAUUGAAGAUAUUAUCAAUAUCCUUUUUCUACCAUUGUAUUUCACUCUUUCUGGAUUAAAGACUCAAAUUGGUUUACUCAACUCUGGGACAGUAUGGGGUUAUGUUAUUCUUGUCAUUUUUAUCUCUUGCUUUGGAAAAAUCACUGGUUGUACUUUGGCAGCAAGGUUAUCUGGAAUGACAACUCGUGAAUCCUUUACUGUAGGCUUCCUUAUGAAUUGUAAAGGCUUGGUAGAAUUGAUUGUCUUGAAUAUUGGACAUGAUGCUGGUGUUUUGAAUGAUCAAGUUUUCGUCAUCAUGGUUGUAAUGGCACUUGUAACAACUAUCAUGACAACUCCUUUUGUCAUCAAACUCUAUCCUGAAUGGUAUCAAAAACAACAAGCUGCUCUGGCUUCUGAUGGUGAAUUUUCUACUACUGGUUCUGAUAUUGGCAAAGUGGAUGUCGCAACUACUUCCUAUACCCCUCCUACGUUAUCUGGAAAAAUGGAUGAUGACCGAUUUACUAUGGUGACUGUAUUGAAUCGAAUGGAAACUGUUCCAGCAGUAAUGGCUUUGAUACGACUAUUGAAACGCGAUGAUGAUAUUGUGAAAUCAUCUCCUCAUAUUCACGCUUUGCGCUUAUUGGAAUUAACUCAACGACCUUCGGAUGUGAUGAAGAUUCAAGAAAUGCGGGAAACUCUUCGAAUAGAUCCUGUACUCAGUGUGAUUCGUACUUUUGCAAGUUUGAUUGGUAUUAGGUUAACUACUUCUUUGGAUUUUGCUGCUCCCACUGAUUUUGUUAAACGUAUCAGUGAUCGUUCAGUUUUGGUGGAUGCAAACAUGGUUCUACUUCCUUGGAAAAGCAAGAAUGCAACUCCUAACGAAUCAACACUAUCAGAAGAAGUCAAUCCUUUUGAUCGACCAGCAACAUCUUCAAGUGGGUUAUAUCAGUUAUCAGAUGCCGAAUUUGCAACACAUGCUUUUACCAUUGAUCACUGUGCAGUUGGACUCUUUUUGGAUAGAGGUUUUGGAAAUAUACGUGAUGAUGACAAUGUCAGACUUCAACAUGCAACUACUUUUCAAAUCGUGGUACCUUUUGUUGGUGGAAAAGAUGAUCGUGCAGCCGUGUUAUUUGCAUUACGACUUCAAAUGUAUCGACAUGCUGAUGUUUUGAUCUUGCGACAAAAUUCAUCAACAAACAACAGCAACCAUCAUCAGGACAAUGAUGAAAAGGAUAUAGGCGAUGGAAAUAUUCGAAGCACAUAUGCCACAACAAAUUCAAUUAGGACAUGUUUGAUGAUGACUAGUGAUGAUGACAAACAACUAUUGGAUACACUCUUCCCUCUUACCAGUGAAAAUGUUCUCAGCACAACCACUUCCAAUGUAACAUGCAGAUUUACUGACGACAUAUCUGCUUGGUCACUUUUACGUACGGGUAAUCCUCUUGGAAAACACGAUCUUAUUGUUCUUGGUAGAAAACCGGAUAGUGCUCCUCACUCUUUACCCACAUCUCCAAUGGAUACCCCUGGUACAGUUUAUAGCAAGGAAUUCAAGAUCGCUUUAGGUUCUUUGGCUUUUGAUCUUGUGUCUUCUGGUUCAAAAGCAAGUCUUGUGGUCAUUCAAGCUCCAUCCAAUCCUCCUU